UCUUGAUGACUUAUUCGAUGAGUUUGGCAAGGACCUAAUUACUGUCGCGCUUGUAAGCUAUUUCUGUACAACACUGCGUCGUGGUUUGAAUGCUUUUCGGCCGGACAGCAAGACCACUGCGUUACGCAUCGGCGCCUAUUUGAAUGAGCUACCAGACAGCGUUCUCUCGUCCAAUCAGAAUUAUAGAAAUCUUGUGUAGCCUUGGGUCAUUACACUCCUCUGUCCGCGGUAUAUGAUGAAGUCGUGACGUCGUGAGUUAAAGACUAUACUGCAAUGAUGAGAAUCAAGACGUUCCCGAAAAAUGCCGAGCUCGUGACUUCGGAAGAUUUGGUACAAACGGAUUGGUAAUGUAACCAAUGUUUACUAGUUGUAUAGUAUUUCAGAGAAAUGAAAUCUUUACGCAGAGGAACGACUGAUAUACGAGUAACCAUUUAAACGAGGACCUGGUGAUUACAAUGAAGUUGGACUCCGUCAGUUCAAGAGUGGAUUAUUUCUUUCAUGAUUUAUGUAGUCAAAUGCUGGACUGAAAAAGCAUGGUACAGAAUAUAUGAAGGAAAUGUUGUAUGUGAUGCGAGGAUCAAGAAUUCUAAAACCCAGAGCAAUUUAUUGGUUCGGGGGUGCUAUGCUCGAGAUUAAAAUGGAAAAGAUAUUCAUGGGCUAUUUGUUCUAUCAUUUAAUAAACAAUAAAGUUCUCAUUCACCCCAACCUCGGGACUUCGUUUGUCGUGUCUAGCCUCCACUGCAGCAUCCAGUGCAUUUCAUUGAAGAAUUGUACCACGUUUAAUCUCGUCCCUAGUACGGCGAUGAGAUUUUCGUGUCAACUGAAUCAAAAGCAAGGAACCAGAUUAGGAGAGGAACAAGCGGUUUCUCUAUCAACUGGAUGCCGCAUGUUUCAAGAAAAAAUGAUGAAAUACAAGAGAAUCAUGUUCAGAAAAACCGGGAGACCGACACUUAAACCCGCUUUUACGAUAAGGCCUGGAGUGGAUUCAUGGUGGUACGACUCCUCGUCUGGAUACUUAAUUAUAUCAUCAACAGAAAAUUUGGGAGGAGGUCCUUUUUCAUCACGGGGUACAGUAAGAUGUUAUCAUCAAACCAAGGCUAACUUUCGCCUCCUACAUCUAUUUACGUUCCCCGGUAAAAGCCUGCUCUUUCUCAAUCAGUACCAGGAGAUGUACAAGAAAACGAUGAUUUCAUUACUUCCACGCAUACAAGAAGGUAACCGUCACGACAUUCAUCUUUAUAAUAUUUCCCAGGACUACCAUAAGCAGAAAACAACGACUUUAGUCCUUCCAUCUUCUGACCCUUGCCUGUCCAUGAAACAACGGAUGGGGAAACAACAUUACUUCCCUCCAAGAUACGGCAGGGAUGUACUUUUGAUCAUCUGUAGUCGCGGUAGUGGUGAAGAGGAUACUGCAGCAGUUAUCUAUCCGUUUGAGCUGGUAAACAGGUAUAGUUUUAACCGAAUAGUUUUACCAGAUGGUGUGAAUGUAAAAGUGAUGGGUCUUUCGAAACCUUUCAUUCAUGCCUUUAUUCCGGAUGGCGACUGGGUACAAGUUACUCAUUUUAAGUGGGAUAGCUUCAUACAACACCGAAGAGCGUUUUAUUUCAAGACGGAAACAAUAACACUGCGACCACCAGAGAAUGCCACAUGCGUGGGGUUGCCGAUAUGGAGUCUCAAUCAUCAAUCCUAUCUGAGAUUAUACCGGCGACGCGGUGCACGGGCAAGACUUGAAGAAUAUAUGUUGGUCAGUUACAAGGUCUCCUGUAACCUGAAACCUCUACUCCCAUCAUACUCAGUUAAUCCGAUAAGUUUUUCAUUUGAUGAUAUCAAGUUGGAAGCUCGUGACCGACUAUUGCCGAAAGUUUCUUCACCGGAUGGCAGUCUUCUGUCAUUUUCGAUGGGAAAAGAAUCUCGAACUAUAGAAGUGGUCAGAGUUUUUUCUUCAUCACUGCGAUUGUGAAGAAUUUGCGUGUCGCUUUGGUUGUACACUUGGUUAUACGUGCCCUUCAUGACGUACAUGUAACGUCGUUAAAGACAUGUAUUGUCGCUAGUGAGCACAAGUCUCAGGAAAAAAGUCCUCUUGGUUGUGGUAGUUAGACGCCCUGGCAUACACAUUGUAAAGUCUAUGCCAGGGCAACAGAUUAAACCUGAUGUUCCUCUAAAGAGGAACAAAUUAAUUACGUCUCAAUCAACGGACUGCUGAGGGAAACCGAGACGAAAUAGUCUAAUUUUGACACUAGAAGCGCUGAUUUCGUUCCUUACAACGCCUUUAGUACGAGGUUGUUGCCACCAUCUUGAAAAGGAGUACCGCGGAUGUGGAAAGGGAAAAAAAAUCGAUUUGCAAAUUGGCCAUCGCUGGCAUCAUCACCACGUAGCCCGCGAAAAUGACUGCAGCACUACGCGGUAUUUAUACUUUUCCAUAAAAUCACUUGAAAACGCACCAAAAAGUGUCAGAUUUUAUUUGCAAAGAUCCUAUUUUGUUAUUUAUUGAUAAAAAAGCCCGUUCGUUUAAUGAAAGAAGCUGGCACUUAUUAGGUCUGAUAAGACUUACAGUCUGA